ACUUGGCAGAGCGGGACGCCUGUGCCAUGGGCUUUGGGGCAGGCACUUGGCAGAGCGGGACACCUGUGCCAUGGGCUUUGGUGCAGGCACUUGGCAGAGCGGGACGCCUGUGCCAUGGGCUUUGGUGCAGGCUGGGGAGCUGCAGCUAGGACAGGGCUGGAACAGGCUCAGGCAUCCUGGGGCAGGGGGCCCAGCUGUGGGCAAGUCACACGGGGGUCUGGCCUGCCUAAAUGGGCUGUGCUGGUUGCAGGGGCCCUCAUGGGAGCUGGAGAUGUGAUUGCACAGCAGCUGGUGGAGCAGCGGGGGCUGCAUGGGCACCACUGCCUCCGCACCCUGAAAAUGAUGGGCAUUGGCUUCUGCUUUGUGGGCCCUGUUGUGGGCAGCUGGUACAGGAUUCUGGAUUGGCUCAUCCCUGGGAAUACAAAAGUUGUGGCUGUGAAGAAGGUGAUCCUGGACCAGGGGGGUUUCGCUCCGUGCUUCCUUGGCUGCUUCCUGGCUGUCACAGGGGCCACGAAUGGGCUGUCGGUGGAGGAGAACUGGUCCAAGAUCCAGCAGGACUACAUGGAUGCCCUGAUGACCAAUUACUGUAUCUGGCCACCCGUGCAAAUUGCGAACUUCUACUUCGUGCCUCUGCAGCACAGGCUGGCUGUUGUCCAAUGUGUUGCCAUCGUCUGGAACUGCUACCUGUCCUGGAAAGCGAAUCGGAUGUGAGGCACAAUCCGUGUCCUGUGCCUGUGCCCGGCCUGUGCGCUCCAGACCAGCACAACUCGGAGCCCUGGCCAUGGGCACGCGUGGCCGUGGGCAGGCUGGGAUACACGGGGUCCUGCAGCAGCCAUCCUGCGCUUUUCUCAGGGGAACACCAUCCCCUAUGGCCACGGCCUCCUGCCCCAGGGAGAAGAUGGUGCCAGGACAGGCCUGGAUCUGCUCCAGCCAUGCUGUGCAGCGACUCUGCCCACGGUGCACUUCUCUCUCUGUGCUCAGCCAUUUCCAAGCCCUGCACACGGGGUGCUCCUGUCCUGAGUGUCACUCUGACCUUCCCCACAGCACAUCCCGAGGGAAAAGAGGAGUGGAAAUGGAGCAGGACUGGCCCUGGGCUGGCUGUGCUGUGGGCGCAGAACUGGGCUCACUGCAGGCUGGGGAUGCUCCCCCUGAAAACAGGGUUUGCUGUAGCUCUGCUGUGGACAGUCGAAGCAUCAAUAAACAGUCGUCUUCACUUUUGA